UUGAUCCCUGCGCCAGCAAGUGUAUCUUUCUAGGUUACUCUAACAUAAAAAAGUUAUCGUUGUUAUUGUCUUAUUCUUCACCUAUAUUUUACCUGUGCUGAUGUCACCUUCUGAGAAUCUCUAUCCUAUUUCUUUGAUCCACCUAUUCCUCUUACUUGUGUCCCUUAUUCAUCUCCCUUACCUGUUCCAGUGUUCUCAUCUCCUGAGUUAUCUCCUAUGUUCGUGUCUCCUCUUGUUCCUUCCAUCACCCCUUUAUAUGUUUACUCUCGUCGAUCAAGGUUGCUAACACCAGAUUUUGUUCCACCACCAACUUCUUUAUUUUCUUCGAAUUCGGCUACUUCAAUUCCAUUCGACACGUUACCGAUUGAUCUUCAUAAUUGUACUCGUUCUUGUAUUACUCAUCAUCCUAUUGGUCAUUUUGUUUCUUCUCGUUCAGUAUCUUCUUUAUUCUCUUGUUUUACCACUCAGUCAUCUAGUAUGUCUAUUCCUAAGAUUGUCACUACAGCCUUAUUUGAUCUGCGUUGGUGGCACGCUAUGGAAAAGAGAUGUAAGCACUUCAUGACAAUCAUAUUGGGGAUCUUGUUUUGUUGCCUCCUAGUAAGUAGGUUAUUAGCAGUCGCCGGGUCUAAAUUAUUAAAUUUCAUCUGGAUGGUUCCAUGGAUCGUUUCAAAGCUCACCUAGUUGCUAAAGGCUACACUCAGACUUAUGGUGUUGACUAUGCGAAAACUUUUUCUCCAGUGGCUAAAAUAUUUUAUAUUUGGGUUCUAAUAUCUCAUGCAGUCCAUUUUGAUUUAUCCUUAUUUCAAUUAGAUGUGAAGAAUACUU